AUGGUGGUAUUCAGUGUCAAGGCAGAAGAAGGUGGGGCCUAUGGACCCUUCUGCUCUGAGAAAACUCUGAAGUACAACACUGUGAUUACAAACAUCGGUGAUGCCUACGAUAAAUGUACAGGUGUCUUCACUGCACCUGUUGCAGGUGUUUAUUAUUUCACCUUCUUCUACCAUGCUGGAGGACAUCAUGUGUCCAAGCUUAUACUGCACAAGAACAAAGAGCCGGUUGUGAUGACAUCUGAUCAUAAAAGCGGCAGUGACACUGCUGAUAAUGGAGGAAAUGCAGUGUUCCUGAAGCUGGAGAAAGGGGACGAGGUGUGUGUUCACCUGCCUGCAGGAUGUCAUGUUUGGGCAUCAGAGGACCACACCACCUUCAGUGGUUUUCUGGUCAACUCAUGUUAGAACUGAUGUCUUCAAAAACCUGAAAUCAAUGAUGCAUCUACAUGGAGAUUAAAAUUCAUAUUGAUACAAGUGGCUG